ACCUCAUGCGAGGUGCGGUGAAGGCGGCGCAGAGCGCAGCUGCUCGUGCGUUAAAAGCCACACGCACAUUUGAAGAAGUCAGAAGGAAAAACAUCCAGAGGGAGGGGGAGAAUGCGCGCAUGUGACCGACACUGGACGUCUCCGUUUAAGAGAAUCUCUCCAUCAGAGGCUGCGUUUUUAAACUCAAACCCCGCAUGCCUUGUCACAGCGCCAUGCGAGCGGGAGAGACGCGCCCAGUGCCAUGCUGAACAACUGCCCGACUCUCCUGCUCGCUCUGGCCGCGGCUGCCGGACUCCUCGUGCGAUGUCAGGGCUGGAGCGAAGAAGACUCGCUCCUGCCGCCCAUCAACUCCUCCAACAGGUUCCUGGCCAACCUGGAGGUGGACGUGCGCUUCUCCAAGAGGUCGGUGGAGGAGAGCGACGCCUCGCCGCCGGACGCGUCCUCGUCCUCCGCGCUGCAGACUCUGUCCCAGUGCAACGUGAGUGUGCAGAGACUCCUGCCCACGUCGCUGGUGGCGCGCUGGGACAGCAGCUUCGGCUUCCAGUGUGACGUGCUCAUCUACACCACCAACAACCACGGAAGGGCUUUUUUUUCCGCCUCCUUCAACAGGGUCAUCUCGCCCGUGCUCGUCGAGCACCUCGGGGUCUCCGGGGGUCAGCAGGAGAUGCGGUUGUGCGUGGGCUGCGGGAUGUCCCGGUACCGCCGGUUCGGACAGGGCAAGGCCAGGGGCCAGCAGAGCGGGGAUCAGAUCGCCUUCUGCUGCGUGGAUUUCAGCCUCGACGAGCUGAAGGGCGACAAAAGUUGGAGGCUGAACAGAAAACCCAUCGAGUCCACACUUGUGGCUUGUUUCAUGACUUUGGUGAUUAUUGUGUGGAGCGUUGCUGCCCUCAUUUGGCCGGUGCCGAUCAUUGCAGGAUUCCUGCCCAACGGGAUGGAGCAGAGAAGACCCAGAUAAUUAGAUCAUCGUUAAUUAGCCUGUGCUGCCUAUAUACUAUAAUUGUAGCCAUUCAAGUGUUGAGGAUGAACGAGGUUUGGAGAACUUUUUGAUUAACUUGCGGUGUUUAAUAGACCUCCUUUUCUAGGCAUUAUAUAGACAAUCUGUAAGGGGACCAACACCAGUGUGUUUUCUAUGUUUUAGACCUUCCUAUAGACUUAUUAGCGUUAUUUAUUCUCUUAAAAGCAGUGUUUCUAUUGUUUUUAAUCUUUCUAGAAUUCUUUGCCUUACCCCCUGUGCAGGACUUUUGCACUAAAAAUAACCUUUAAAGUGUGAGUUUACAUAUAUAACCUAAUUAGUCGCGUUUAACGACUGUGUUUUCCAAUACAUUCUAAAAAUAGAUAUUGUAUAACAUAGAGAGACUUUCAAUAUUCAGAUCAUGUUAUAUUUAUAAUGUCCAGUAACGUGCUUAUUUGUAUAUUCAUGUUAAAAUGGUUUAAAUUUAAAUAAAAGCAUAAAAGGUAAUGCCAUGGG